AUGCCUGUAUGCAGGCAUCUCAUAUAUAUGAAUGCAUAUACGGAGAAGGCCUCUACCUCAGCUUCUUCAUAUGAGCUGAUGUUGCUGUCCAAAUCCAACUCUGCUAAAUCAUCAGGACCAUGUGAUUGUCUCCAAAGCACUUCCCUAUAUAAGUGUAUGCGUUCAGGUCCCCAAUCAGAAUGUGGCAACCAGGUGCCUUCCGAGUAUGAUCUUAUUGUUCGCAACCCUGUUAUCUCUGGUCUUGGAGUCAUGUUCUUAGAGCUUGCUUACCAGGCCCCGUUUGAUAAUCUUAAGCAAGAUAUGGAUUUCGGACAGAAGACGAAGAUUAUCAAGAAGUAUCUUAACUAUAACUUUAGUCACAAUGCAAACUUUCAGAGUCCAGCACUGCAGGACGCGUUCUACUACCAGGUCAUUGGUGGCCUCGAAGAGAUUGAGAAGAAGUUGCAGCAGCUUCAGCUGGAUUAG